AUGAGCAUCAUUUACUCCAUGACCUUUCUCUCGGGGAGUGUUUUGUCUUACAAUAACAGCUAUUUGACCCAAGAUCCCACUUACUUGUGCAAGAAAACCCCAGAAGGAGAUUAUGAGAGCUGCACAAAGGAUGAGAUCUGUGAGCUGGGGAAUUGGAAAAUAGACUGGAGUGACAACAACUCACUCGAUAACUGGAUUACACAAUUUGGGUGGAACUGUUAAUCAGCUGAAGCUAUCAGCUUACUCUCAUCAAUUUACUAUCUCGGCUAUUCGUUUGGGUGUCUAUUUAUACCUAGACUUACAGACAAAAACAUUAAAGUAAUGACUUGCCUUUCAUUCUUUCUGGGAGUUGUUUGCGUUGCAAGAUACAAUGGCUGCUAUAUCACAGUCUACGAGUUCUCACCAGAGAAGUACAAAUAUUCAGUAUCAACCAUGCUACUAAUAUUCGAAAGUUUACUAUGCAUUUUUACAGCUGUUUAUUGCAAAUACAUCUCCAGGAAUUGGCUGUACCUUCAAAUAUUUGGCGUUGCUAUCAGUGGUCUGAGUAUCAUUGGACUCUGGUUUAUUCCUGAGACCCCUGAGUAUCUAUACAGUUUGCAUAGAUUCUCCGAGUGCAAAUACGUGUGCAAAAAAAUAGCGAAGUUUAACGGUAAAUCGUUAGAAUAAAAGUACGUGUUUGAUAAUGAACAAGACCUUAAUGAAAUGAGGUUCGAAAUCGUGACUGCUGGUAGUAACUACAAAAAGAGCAAAUUGAAAGACUAGUAAAUCAGGCUAAGUUAUUAGAUACAAGCAAGUCUCAAAACUAGCUUUAGGGAAUUCCUUUAAGAUAAAAGCAACGUAAGAAAUCUGAUCGUAAAUGUUCUCCUUUGGAUGAUUACAAUUGUUGCCUACACUAUAAUAGUUUUUCAUGGAAACUACUUUCCAAGUGAUUAUUAUGAUAGUUACAUCGCUGGGCUAUGUGUGGAAUUAUUUGCCUACAUAAUAGGAGAGCUCCUCUAUGCUAAGACUACAGGCAAGAAGUUCUUUUUCUUUAGUUACACACUAGCAGGAGUGUUCGGUAGUUUUAUCUUGAUAAGUUAGGAGUAUCCAGAGAUGAUGGCCUCCUUUAUGAGCAGAUUUUUCAUCAGUCUCACCUAUACAGGCAUCUACAUGUCUAACUCAGUCUUUCCAGUGUUGUUCUCAUCUACUACAUUUGGAGUCUGUAAUUUCUUCGCUGGCUUGGCUGGCAUGUUAUCCUACGAAGUGAUACUCAAACUAGACGACCCCAUCUAGGUUAGUAUCAUGAUCGUACUUUGCCUUGGAGGUGGCAUGAUAUCUAUAUUCCUGAAGGAAUGA